UUAGCUUUGCUGGCUUAAUCACAGGUCCCCUCUUUGGAUAUUGGUCAGAUCGUACCCAUCGAACCAAGGGUACCAUCCUCUUUGCCAACUUGUUUCAGAUAGCAGGUACAGAUACAGACACUCUCCUUUCUGGCCAGGCAUCUAAUCACAGAACCAUAGAACUGUAGAGUUGCAAGGAUCAUCUAGUCCACCCUUCUGCAAUGUGCAGGAAAACCAGCGAAACCAUCCUUGAGAGGUGGCUGUCCAUCUCUUCUUGGAGGCCCCCAGAAGUGGAAAACCCACAGUCUCCAUAGGUAGAUCGUCCCACUGUUGUACAGAUCUUACCUUCAGGAAAGUUAUUCCAAUAGUGAGACAGUCACUCCUUCCAGGUUCAGGAGUCUUGGCAUCAUCUUCCCUAUAACCCAUUUUUUCCCCCGAUCACAGCGAGGGAGCUGUUCUGCUGCGCACAAAUCCUCACCCAGCACCAUGCUGUCCAUGAAUGAUUUAGCACUGGGUGCCCACAAACCUAUGUGGUGCCUUGGGCAGCCCCCUUCCAGCGGGGCUCUGGUCCUGUGACAUAUGGCUGUCUGAGCUCCACCAAGCCUCCUUGGUUCUAGUCUUUCUUAUCAUUAUCCUUGGUUUCAGGCAACUUCAUGUACUUUGUUGGUGGCUCCAAAUGGAUGCUUCUCAGCAGCCGACUAGUAGCAGGUGUGGGAACUGGAGCAGGUGCCUCCAUCUUUGGCUACCUCACCCGCUCUACCACUUCACAGGAGAGGUCCAUGGUCUUUGCAGCUGUCAUGGCGUGCCGCCAGGUUGGGCUGCUUAUUGGGCCAGCCUGUAACCUUUUCCUGCGCCUCUGCAACUUCCAUCUGGGACCCUUUGUGGUCAACAAGUUUACAUCCCCUGGGCUCUUCAUGUGCCUGGUGUGGAUUCUACUUCAAAUUAUGGUGAUGGUGAUGUACUAUGACAUACAGCCACCAACUCACACUGCAAGGACUGUACCAACGGUGCCACGAGAUGUCUUGGAAGAGGAGGAGAAGCCACUUAUGUGGCAUGAGGUUGGCCAAGAAGAGGCCACAGAAGGUAGCUGCUAUGGCAGCACCCCUGUGGAACCCCAACCAUCUUCCCUCGGCGAUGAAUGCCGAUAUGUGCCCAAUGGACACUUGGCAGAUGAAGAAUCAACUGAAGAAGAGAAGAACCCCUUCCAUCACUUUAGCUCCGUGAGAGAAUACUUGAGGGAGGAAGUGGUGGUCCUCCUCACCGCCCAGUUCAUUACUCUCUUCAAUCAAACGGCACUGGAGACCAUGGUGACUCCAAUUACGCAGAGGUAUUUGAACUUUGGAGAACUGGAGAACAGCAUCAUGUAUUUCCUGUGCGGUGUGGAGGUCAUCGGAGGCUUCUUCCUGGUGCGCUUCCUCAGUGUCCGGCUACCAGAUCGGGUCAUCUUGCUCCUUGGUCUGGUCAUCUGUAACGUAGCCUGUGUCUGGAGCCUGCUGUUCCUGGCACACCCCCAGGGUACCUUUGCUGUCCUCCUCACGGAGCUGGUAGUAGGAGUCUUCUUACAGGUCCUGGGUCUGCCCUUCGUUGCGGUUUCCCAGGUGUCGCUCUUUUCUAAGGUCACAGCCGAGAGGACGCAAGGGUUCAGUCAGGGGCUCCGUCGCUCUGUUGGGGGAAUUGCCACCAUCCUUGGGCCUUUGUGGGCUGGAGGGUUGACGGAUAAUCUGUACAUCAUGCUCGGUGUGAUGAUGGGCCUCCUGAGUCUAUUGAUGGUUAUGGUGGGCCUGUCCUAUACAUACCUGGUAGAGACCCCGCAUGAACACCUUUCACCAGUAACAUCUCAGGGGGAAUCCAACUCAUGAGGAGCUGUUGAGGUGCCCUUGGAGGCGUGGAGAAGCUCAUGCCAACCAGGUGAAAGAGCUGCCAGCGCCUGGCCAUCUCGGGGGACCAACUUUGGCCUUUCAAACUCCAGGCUCCAAGAACAUCAGGAGAAGCUGGCGACAGCAUUGUCCACCUUAGAGAUGGAGGUGUUGUAUGGAAUUUGUGCUGGUCUCUUCCUUCCACCAGGAUUUU